UGCUGCUCUGCUUUCUCCUACACCAACACCAUCAACCGGAUAUCCAUCAAAACUCCGACAAAAUGGCGCGCCGUCCUGCUCGUUGCUACCGGUACUGCAAGAACAAGCCGUACCCCAAGUCUCGGUUCAACCGUGGUGUCCCCGACCCCAAGAUCCGAAUCUUCGAUCUUGGCCGAAAGCGCGCCAAUGUUGACGACUUCCCUCUCUGCAUUCACCUCGUUUCCAACGAGUAUGAGCAGCUGAGCUCCGAGGCCCUCGAGGCCGCCCGUAUUUGCGCCAACAAGUACCUUGUCAAGAACACCGGUAAGGAGGGUUUCCACCUCCGAGUCCGCGCCCACCCCUUCCACGUUGUCCGUAUCAACAAGAUGUUGUCUUGUGCCGGUGCCGAUAGACUGCAGACCGGUAUGCGUGGUGCUUGGGGUAAGCCCAACGGCACUGUCGCCCGUGUCAACAUUGGCCAGAUUCUCAUGAGCGUCCGCACUCGUGAUGCUAACCGUGCCAUUGCCCUCGAGGCCCUCCGACGAUCCCAGUACAAGUUCCCUGGCCGACAAAAGAUCAUUGUCUCCAAGAACUGGGGCUUCACCCCUCUCCGACGUGAGGAGUACCUCGACAAGAAGGCUGCUGGCCGCGUCAAGGUCGACGGUGCUUAUGUCCAGUUCCUUUCCAACCACGGUUCUCUGGAGCGCAACAUCCGCCGCUUCCCCGAUGCCUUCAAGUCUGAGGCUUAAAGAAAUGAUGGACAGGAUGGAAUCUGGGUUUUCUGGCGUCAAAAUGGCUUGUCAAAUAAGGACCUCUCGAGACUUUACUAGUUGAAAGGUGCCGGUUAGGCAAAUUGAAAUCUUGCAUUCAGAA